UCUGGUUACCCUUUGAGCUGUGAAGGUUGAAAAAGUGAUGUUGGCCGUUUUAAUCUUGGCGAGUUUGUUUGUUGGUGGCGCAGUUACGGAGGAAUUUCCCUGCGGUGUGCCGAAAGUGCAGCAUCAGGCAACCAUCAAGGGAGGAAGUUCCGUAAAUCACGGAGAAUGGCCAUGGCACGCAGCCAUCUACCACAAGGAAGGACGAUCUUACAGCUAUGCCUGUGGUGGAACUCUGAUUAGUGAAGAAUUCGUUCUGACGGCAGCUCACUGUCUGUUCAACGAAAACACCUAUCAACUGAUGAACCGGAAGCGGAUUUCGGUUCGACUUGGCGUUCAUAAUCUGGAUGAAAUCAACUCUGUCACCAGCAAAGAGUUUCCGGUCCAGGCAAUGCAUAUGUAUGCCAACUUCAGUCGCGAAAGCUUACAGAACGAUAUCGCCAUCUUGGAGCUGGCUGAGGUAGCUCGCUUCACGAACUUCAUUCUGCCCGCUUGUUUGAGCACGGAGUCCACAAGCUCUCAAGGAACUUCAAUCGGAUGGGGUCUUACCGAUAAUGACGAAAUAUCUCCUAUUCUGAAGAAAGCUGACCUCCCAAUCAUAGAUUCGGUAAACUGUUUAAUCAGCGAUCGUGAUUAUUUUGGUCACACCAUUGAUCGAGGAAUGUUCUGUGCCGGGCACAAAAACGGAACAACCGUCUGCAAUGGGGACAGCGGGGGUGGAUUGUUCGUCAAACAUCGAAACAGCUGGCACUUGAUGGGGAUUGUAUCAUUCAUCAAGAAGCGACCCGAUACCACCAACUUUUGUGCAACGGAUAGCUACGCCGGUUUUACCAAUGUAACGGAUUACAUCCCAUGGAUCAAGAGCAUUACCAACGUUCAAGUGAAGGAUAAAACAGCAUCCUUCUGCGGGCAGCGGAAGCAGAUCAAACGAUACUCAAUUGGAGCUGAAGAUCAAACGGAGACGGAACUGGUAUACAAUUGGCCCUGGCACGGAGCGCUCUAUCGGAGAAAUUCCGAAAGAAUUCGGUACCUAUGUGGCAUUACUAUUCUGGCGAAAAAAACCGUGAUCACGGCUGGAUUCUGCAUCGAGACAAAUAAGCCAUGGAAACCGUCAGACUACUUCAUUCGGAUUGGCCUCAGUGAAGACAUCUUUGGGAAGGUUCGAUUCAGCCAGGAGCUCGAUGUCAGCAAAGUGAUCAUCCGGGAGAAUGGACCCACCUUGUUGCAACUUUACUCCGACAUCGUGUUCUCGGAGUACAUUCAGCCCAUCUGCCUAUGGAAGGGUGAUACUGGGUUGGAUAAAAUUGCCCACAAAACUGGGCAGUUGAUCACGUGGAAGUUCGACAAUGAUUCGAAUCCGGUAUCUUCGGAGGAGGCAAUGUUCGAAAUUAUUCCUACGGUCGAUUGCCUGAAAGAGGUUCCGUUGUACAGCCGAAGAUUGAAGGAUACACAAUUUUGCGCCCGGUAUCUCAAUGGUUCCGCUACUCAGGGCAGUGGGGGUGCUGGCCUUUUUAUGGAGGAAAACAAUCAGUGGAAGAUACGUGGAAUUUUGGCCUACGGUAUUUCACGUAACGACAUUCUUCCGCUGAUCUUUAUGGACGUAACGAGUUAUCUGACGGCUGAGCGGCUUCAAGCCCGAGACUGAUGGUUGUCCAUGAAUGGAGCAUUAUUUACGUUUAGUUAUAGUAUUUCAAAGCAGUUCAUGAUCAAUUCAUGACAAAAAACAUAAGUUGAAGAGUUUAGCCGAAUUAUAACAGUAUAGUAAUAACA